UCGAACCGGGCGGCGGGGAAGCGGCGGCGGCGGCCAUGGCGCAGCACCAGCUCGGCCGGGAGCACCAGGGCAUCACCCUGCGCGGCAGCGCCGAGCUCGUCGCCGAGUUCUUCUCCUAUGGAAUCAACAGCAUCCUAUACCAACGCGGCAUCUACCCCCCCGAGACCUUCACCCGCGUGCAGAAGUACGGGCUCACCCUCCUGGUCACCACCGACCCCGAGCUGACCAACUACCUCAACAACGUGACGGAGCAGAUGAAAGAGUGGCUGUACAAGUGCAUCGUGCAGCGCCUGGUGGUCGUCAUCUCCAGCAUCGAGAACAACGAGGUCCUGGAGCGGUGGCAGUUCGACAUCGAGUGUGACAAAACUGCAAAGGAUGACAACGGACCCCGAGAAAAGUCUCAGAAAGCAAUUCAGGAUGAAAUUCGCUCUGUCAUCAGACAAAUAACUGCCACAGUAACUUUCCUGCCACUGUUGGAAUCUGCCUGUGCCUUUGACUUGCUGAUAUAUACAGAUAAAGAUCUGGCAGUGCCAGAAAAGUGGGAAGAGUCAGGACCACAGUUCAUCACCAAUUCCGAAGAGGUUCGUCUGCGUUCCUUCACCACCACGAUCCACAAAGUGAACACCAUGGUGGCUUACAAAAGGGAUUCUGUUCCCUAGGAUACAGGGAGGGGGCUUGUGUGUGUGUAUAUAUCCUGUAACCUUGUAUAGUUUCUGUCCAUAGUGCAGCUGAGCCAUGACCAUACCAUUACUGUUGCUCUUGCUAAAGUAUGACACAAAAAAAUUCAACGUGCUUGUGAUAAUGUGAUAGAACACUAGACUAGGCUGGCAUCAUGGUAAUAGUUCAAUUCUUACUUUACUAUAUGAGCUAAACUAAUGGUGUGUUAAACCACUGCCUUUAUUAGAAAAACUGCCAAAAUCUAGGAUUAGCUGCUGGAAUUGUGCUCAGUUCCUAUAAUUUUGUAUUUUAAGAUUAUUUUAAACCGUAUUCUUCUAGCAGGCUUAAGUUCUCUCUGGCAACUGAAAAAAAAAAAAAUCUCACUCCUGAGGUGCCAGUUUUCAUGUUAAAAGCUUGGGCUGUUUUAUUACCAGAAAUAACCCUAAAAAGAAUCAACCGCACCAUUCUUGUACCUUCUGUACAGUGAAAGCAGCUGUUUAUCAGGAAAACUUUUAAAUACAUGAAGCCUUGUAUUUUAAUGACAGCUGGGCUCUAGUUCUGGGGAGGGUGGUGUUCUGUCUGUCUGUAGUGUCUGUCUAGUGUCUGUCAAGCAUUUUCUAUGUUUGUAUUCUUGUUUUAUAGAAUAAACCUUCAAAUGUUAUAGUAUUCUCUAA